AUGGAUUCAGAGACGAGUAUAGCUGCUUGUGGGACUCUGAAAUUUUUGCAAAUGGGAAUAUGGUGGUUCUCGGUGUUGAUCUUUCUUGGGUAUAUAAUGGUUUGGAUUAUGAUGCCCACAAACACCUUCUUUCUUCAUUGGUUACCUGACAUUCAAGCAAAGACACAUCCAAUAUACUUCGGCCAAGAAGGAACAACCAUACUUUUAUAUAUAUUUCCCAUUUUACUUAUAGCCACCUUGGCCAGUCUAUACCUUCAUUUUGAGCAAAAACGUUCUAAUCAUAAUACUGAAAGGUACAUUCCAAGAUUCGCAUCAUGGAAAAGACCACUGCUUGUAAAUGGUGCUCUUGGGAUUAUCUCUAUGACAGAGAUUGUUUUCAUUAUAAUGUUUAUUUUACUAUUAAUCUGGUCCUUUUGUUCCUACUUACAUGGCAUGUUUGCAAGCGUGGCACUACAGGCAGCUAGCGAGAGAGAACAAGUGUGGGAAGCCAAGCUGGAAAAUUCAGCCCUGGCUUUAGGCCUUGUUGGAAAUAUUUGCUUAGCUUUACUGUUCUUUCCUGUCUCAAGAGGGUCUUCAGUUUUGCGGUUCAUUGGCUUAACUUCAGAGGGAAGUAUCAAGUAUCAUAUCUGGCUAGGACAUGUUGCAAUGGCCCUAUUCACAGCCCACGGACUGUGUUAUAUUAUUUUUUGGGACAAUACUCAUCAAAUCUCACAGAUAUUCAAAUGGAACAAAGCUGGCAUCUCAAAUGUAGCUGGAGCAGUUGCUCUGCUUGCUGGAUUAACCAUGUGGGCUGCUACCUUACCUUUCAUAAGGAGAAAAGUGUUUGAGCUUUUCUUCUACAUUCAUCACCUUUAUAUUGUCUUUGUAGUCUUCUUUGUGCUACAUGUGGGAUUUUCCUCUUCUUGCAUAGUGCUUCCAGGAUUUUACCUGUUCUUGAUCGACCGGUACCUGAGAUUUCUACAGUCCCACCAGAAAAUUCGGUUGGUUUCUGCCCGUGUUUUGCCUUGUGAAGCUGUUGAACUGAAUUUCUCCAAGAACCCAGGAUUGUGUUAUGCUCCUACAAGUAUCAUUUUCAUAAAUGUUCCUAGUAUUUCCAAGUUGCAGUGGCACCCUUUUACAAUCACCUCCUGCAGUAGUAGUGAUUCUGAUACCUUAAGUGUUGUCAUAAAAAGUUCAGGAAGCUGGUCCCAUACUUUGUACCAGAAGCUAUCAUCUUCAUCUCCAAUGUCCCACCUUGAUGUCUCCAUUGAAGGGCCCUAUGGACCGGCUUCAACCUUUUUCUCAAGGUAUGAAAUGCUAGUGAUGGUGAGUGGAGGAAGUGGCAUUACUCCUUUCAUUUCCAUAAUCCGUUCGCUCCUCUUUAAGGCCAACACUGCAGGGGGCAAAACUCCUAGAGUUCUUCUUAUAUGUGCCUUCAAGAAGUCCAUUGAUCUCACCAUGAUAGACCUCAUCCUUCCCGUUUCAGGCACCACCUUUGACAUCUCACGUUUGCAGCUUAAGAUUGAAGCCUAUGUAACCACAGAGAAACAGCCAGAAAUGAAUGACAGAAAGCUCCUUCAAACAUUAUGGUUCAAGUCUAAUGCAUUAGAUGAACCAAUUUCUGCAGUCUUAGGACAGAACAGUUGGCUCUAUCUCAGCAUUGUCAUCUCGUCAUCCUUUAUAUUAUUCCUUCUACUUAUUGCCAUCCUAACUAGAUAUUACAUAUAUCCAAUUGAUCAUAAUUCAGACCUGGUAUACCCUUAUUUGUCAAGGUCCAGUCUAAACAUGUUAUUGAUAUGCGUGUCUAUAGCCAUUGCAGCUACAUCUGCUUUUCUCUGGACCAAGAAACAGAACAAGGAUUUGGGACAGAUUAAAAAUACUUAUACAUCAACUCCACCAACUUCUCCAGCUUCAGGAUACUACAUUGCUGACAGAGAAUUAGAGUCUCUUCCCCUCCAAUCCAUUGUCCAAACAGCUAAAAUACAUUAUGGGGAAAGACCUGACAUAAGAAAAAUACUCUCUGGCUGUGAUGGAUCAAGCAUUGGAGUUCUUGUUAGUGGGCCAAGAAAAAUGACACAUGAAGUUGCAUCAAUCUGCACCUCUUGUUCCACAGAUGACCUACGUUUUGAGUCCAUCAGCUUCAGCUUGUGA